UAAUGAAUUUCUGCGACUUAUAUUUGGUCUCUGAGCCUCUGGUAGAUAGUAGCUGCCUUGCCCACGUGCUGUCUCCCCAAAACACAAAAUGAAGGUACCUUUAAUUAUGAGGCCAUAUGUCCAAUCAGGAGGGUAGGAUCCUAAACGCGGAGUUCUAAAAGGCUGCUGGCAUUUUCUGUGAGUAAUUCUCCGUUGUGGUUUUGUUUUCUGUCCAGGGCAUUGACGUGAGGCGUGGCAGGAAUGUUCCAUCCGCUUCAGUGGAGGCCUCCCUCCAGCAUUUAUUCCUUUUACGCUAACUCGGCCCGCUUCAUCGGCUAUGAAGGGAAACGGUGCUUGUGGUGGAACGAUGAGCUCUUGAAGGGCAAAUACCGGUGGCUGCUCACCUGGCUGCGGAAAGGCUCAAGGCAAGACCCGGGGCAGAGGAGCUUCCUCUCCCUGCUGGCCAAUCAGUGCAGUUAUGUGACAAGCCAGAGAAUCAGGCGUGCUCAGCAGAUUGCGCAGCUAUACAGCAAUAUUUACUCUGAGAGGGCGCGCAAGAAUCUCUUCUCUUCCUUGUGGCACCGAUUCCAGGGUCAUCAUGCCAAUGCCUGCAAGCUGAUGGCAGCCCUCACGGGCGUGUUCCUGUGGGAGGAGGAGAGGAUCAAAGAAGAAGAGCUGAAAAGGUCUGUGGAAGAAAUGAAACACAUGCAAGAAAUCUCUAGGUUCUUCCAGAGCGAUGAGGCAGAAAACCAGAUGCAGGAGCAGGAGCAAAGCGCUUACAAAAGUGUUGCAUCUGAUCCUGAAGAGCAGAGUUGGGAAAUGGUGGUUGACAAGAAGCACUUCAAACUAUGGAGGCGCCCAGUUGGCGAGACACAUGUGUACCAGUAUCGAGUCUUUGGGACAUAUACAGAUGUGACUCCGAGACAAUUUUUCAAUGUGCAGCUGGAUACAGAAUAUCGGAAGAAAUGGGACUCCCUAGUUAUCAAACUGGAGGUGAUUGAGAGAGACCAUGACACGGGCUCAGAGGUGGUGCACUGGGUAACUCACUUUCCGUACCCAAUGUAUUCACGGGAUUACGUUUACAUUCGACGGUAUGAUGUGGACCAAGAAAACAAUUUGAUGGUGCUGGUGUCGCGAGCGGUUGAGCACCCAAGUGUCCCAGAAGAUCCUGAAUUUGUCCGUGUCCGAACCUAUGAAUCGCAGAUGGUUAUCCAUCCUCACAAAACAUUUGAUGAGAAUGGUUUUGACUACCUGCUAACAUACAGUGACAACCCACAAACUGUGUUUCCUCGAUAUUGUGUCAGCUGGAUGGUUUCCAGUGGCAUGCCUGACUUCUUGGAUAAACUGCAUACGGCAGCGCUGAAGGCAAGGAACAUGGAAAUUGCGGUGAAAGACUAUAUUGCCUCUUCCAAAUCCUGGGACAAUGGGAGCGAGAACGGCACAAGCGAAGGGAAGACCAACGGGCCCAGCCAAGACCAUAAGAACGAAGGCACCUGCAGCCCUAUUCAGAUAGACUAUGCUUAAAGGAGAGGGCUUGUUUUGCAACGUUGCCAGCCCGUGCCUCUUGCUCCAGGCUCUGAAACAACCAAGGCGAGGGAUGCCCUUGGGACCUCAAUUCAGCUGAUCACCUCUGCCUGCGUCUGUACUCCUCUUCCUCCCCUUCUCUGCCACGUCUCCUCCUUGAAAGAAAGCAACACCGUCAGCCCUUGGGAACCAGGCUCGGCCAUCUUGAAAAACAGUUUUGUGCGGCCACUUCUGCGUAGUGAUCUUAUUCGCUCUGGCCGUGGAGGCGGGGGGGGCGUUUGGUGGAGAAACACACUGUGUUCCGGGGGGGGGGACUCCCUUCUUCCUCCCCCACCACUUGAGGCUCCCCUGCAAGCCAUGUGGGGCGAUGCUCCCUGCAGUUCCCAGGUUGCUGCGCCUUUCCCCUUUUGCGGAGAUUAAUAGCGCCAGGCAGCCGUGUCGCUGUGCUGCGAGAAGCGAGUCCGGCCGUUCCCAGCCCCAGCGCUGGCUCCUGCAUCGGCCCGGAGGCUUCUUUUUGGCUUGCUGCGUAUGUGUGUCCAUCAGUCUUGAGCUCUGCGUACAGAAGAGCGGCUUUGCUGCCAGAGUGCCUUUUUUUCUGAGGCAUCACUGAAUGCUGCCUCUUUGGCCACCAGAAGUGGGCAGUUGAGAGCCCCUUGGCAUUAGGGCUCAUGCUAAGCCUCUGUCCACAGAGUGAAGGAAGGCCGUAUUUUUAUGCAGCUUAAGCCUCUCCCUCCUCCCCUUUCAGAGCUGAUCACGUUUGACCGCUGUUGGUUUUCUUCCUCAACUUCCGAGUGGGGGUGAUGAGAUUAUUUGCCAAUCUGAUGACAUCAGUGAAAGUGCCACCUUGACUGUCCAAAGACGUCAUCUCUGAAUUGGGGUAUAACUGUUUAAAGUAAAAGAAGGACCUGCCUGUACUGUCUUCAUGCACGGUGGUCCAGGGUGUCCCUUUGCCAUGCUGGAAGUGGAGAUUCCUGCUUGGUGGUGGGCUAGCUAGCCAGCUUCCUGGGUGGCCAGAGCAGGGUAAGAAAGAGGAAGAGGGAAUAUAAUUUUUUCUUGGAGGACUCACAUGGGCACCAGAAUGCAUGUCAUAAGAGUUCAUGUGGCAGGUGAGCACUUCCAAGAUCCCUUUGCCUCCUUGGUGUAAGGUAGUGGGGAAAGGCAGCUUAUAACAUUGCUGCUUCAUGUGGGACAAGGAAGGUGGUUAAGCAUUAUGCAUGUUUCCUUCCAAGGGUGUUUGGGGCCUCUUUUCCAACCCUGGCACCCUGUGGAUGUGUUGACAGAAGAUGGUGGGAAGCGAAGCUGGAAAACCCUCUCUCCAGUUUUUAAGCCCUUGUUCCUGGUUGAUUAUCUUCCACAAGCUCAAACAUAUUUCAAUCAAGCUUCCUCGGGGUGCCUUAUGACUGGUGAGUGUACAAGGCAGGCUCUCUCAUACGUCUGGCUCUCUCACCGAUCGGAUUACAAGCAUGUCCCGUGCAAAACAGGGAACAGGCUUACCUCCUCUUUCCAAGCCCAGGCGUGCUUGUGCACUGUUUCCCACAAGUGGGGUUUUCCCAAAGUGGGUCCUUGGUGGGUCCUUCAUGAUGCUAAGGGAGCAGGAGGUUCUGCUCUCUGCCAGCCCCCUCUCCCCCCCAAAGAGAGGUUAGAUACUACUGCAAAUACGGAAUGGUUCCUCAGAGAACAUUCCUGUGCCAGUAGAGAGAGAAUUGGUAUCCUCCCCUUCUCUUCUGUUUUGUGUGUCUGCAUGUGAUCUUUUUUUUAAAAAAAAAAAUCCCUGAGUGGCGGGAAGUGGGACAUGCAUAGGCUGACUAAGAAGAGCUUCUCAUCAGGGACAGCAGGACUUUGGUGUGGGGUGAGUGGUCAGGAGAUACUGUACGUACGUGGCGAUCUUGUUCUUGUCCUGGGACCGUCUUAAUAUAAUGGCUGAGUGAUUCGUGUUUUUAUUUCAACUAAUGUUUUUAUGACAACCAAACAAUAAAUGUGACUCGUUGGUGCGCCCAUCUAACCA